AUGGCAACAACUUCGUUACAUCUUCAAUGCUACGGCGUAAACGCGAAACCGAAUCUUCCACCACUGACGCUAGCGCAGAGAACGAACCUUUUCAUCAACAAUCACGAAACGGCGUCGUCGUUGAAGGUCACGUGCAAGUCUUCCAGUGAUGUGUUGGAGAAGCACGUGACCGAGAAUGGGAGGAACGUGACGAGUGAAGAUGAGAACAGAAAGAGUUACACUUGUGUGAUGAAAUUCGGUGGCUCUUCAGUUGCUUCCGCUGAGAGGAUCAUGGAAGUUGCUACUCUUGUUACGAGUUUUCCUCAAGAGAUUCCUAUUGUUGUUCUUUCUGCUAUGGGAAAAACCACUAACAAGCUUUUGCUGGCUGGAGAAAAAGCUGUGAGUUGUGGUGUUACUAAUGUCUCUUGUAUUGAAGAGCUUAGCUUUAUAAAAGAUCUGCAUCUCAGGACUGUGGAUCAGCUUGGAGUGGACAGAUCUGUUAUUGAGAAGCACCUUGAAGAAUUGGAGCUACUUUUGAAUGGGAUAGCAAUGAUGAAAGAGCUAACUAAACGGACGCAAGACUAUUUAGUUUCUUUUGGAGAAUGCAUGUCUACUAGGAUCUUUGCUGCAUAUCUUAAUAAAUUGGAUGUCAAGGCCCGCCAAUACGACGCAUUCGAGAUUGGUUUUAUAACAACGGAUGACUUCACAAAUGCGGAUAUUUUAGAAGCAACUUAUCCAGCUGUUGCAAAGAGGUUGCAUGGCGACUGGCUCUCUGAUCCUGCAAUUGCAAUUGUUACUGGCUUCCUCGGAAAGGCCCGAAAAUCAUGUGCAGUGACAACACUAGGUAGAGGUGGAAGUGAUUUGACAGCUACAACAAUUGGGAAAGCGCUAGGGUUACCUGAGAUCCAGGUAUGGAAGGAUGUUGAUGGUGUCUUAACCUGUGAUCCAAAUAUAUACCCGAAAGCAGAACCUGUCCCCUUUUUGACCUUUGACGAGGCUGCUGAGCUAGCUUACUUUGGUGCUCAGGUUCUGCAUCCGCAAUCUAUGAGACCUGCUAGAGAAGGUGAUAUUCCAGUUAGGGUUAAAAAUUCCUACAACCCUAAAGCUCCGGGUACUCUCAUCACCAAGGAAAGGGAUAUGAGCAAGGCAAUACUAACAAGCAUUGUUUUGAAACGUAAUGUGACCAUGUUGGAUAUAGUGAGCACUCGUAUGCUUGGUCAGUAUGGUUUCCUUGCUAAGGUAUUUUCAAUCUUUGAAGAUUUAGGCAUAUCAGUUGAUGUUGUUGCUACAAGCGAAGUCAGUGUUUCCUUGACUUUGGAUCCAUCAAAGCUAUGGAGCAGAGAACUAAUACAGCAGGCAAGUCAGGAACUUGACCAUGUUGUUGAAGAACUAGAGAAAAUUGCUGUGGUGAAUCUUCUACAAAAUAGAUCCAUUAUCUCUCUCAUCGGAAACGUUCAGCAAUCAUCGUUAAUUUUGGAGAAGGCAUUUUGUGUUCUGCGGAGACUUGGUGUUACUGUUCAAAUGAUCUCUCAGGGUGCAUCUAAGGUGAACAUCUCAUUGGUUGUAAAUGACAGUGAAGCAGAUGAGUGUGUAAGAACUCUUCAUGAAGCUUUCUUCGAAACCGAGUUAGAGUUACAGAAAGAUUACACAAAUGGAAAUGGUUCUGUUGCUAAAUCAUCUUAG